CGCUUGACACUGUCUUCCGGUGCCCGUCUCUGUCAAAAUGGCUCGUCUACUACAAUUAAAAAUUGGCGUUGUGUCGACUGUUUUGUUCGUCGUAUGCACGAAUUUUGUAUGUUGUAACAACGGCAGAAGGGUUGGCGAUGCAAUGGACACGGAAUUUAGUGGUUUCUCUGUGCCUCUUGAACACUCAUUUGAAGUCGAUGAUGUAGCAAAGUUUCGAGUACGUGGAGCACUGGUGUUGAAGGCUGGAAGGGAGCCCGGUGUCUCACUAACCCAGAACCAGCUAUCAGAGGAAGACCGAACCAAACUGAAGGAAGUGGCUGCAGUGGACGGUCUGUACAGAAUCCGAGUGCCUCGUGUUUCCCUGCAGACAGACAGACAGACAGAGCGGCAGAUGGAAGGUUACCUCACAGCAUUUGUCCGAGCGUGUGCAAUGGUUGAGUCCCAUCUGAGCGAUGUCAUCACCCUCCACUCUGACGUCUCUGGAUACCUGAUUGGUGUCUCCAUAGUGACGAUACCUGGGGCCUGCAGGGGCACUGAGGUGGAGGAUGAAGUUGACCUCGAGGUUUUCAACACCACGCUCAGCGUCAUGGCUCCCAUUAAUGCACCAGGACCUGAGACGGCCCUGUUCCUUGAACGCAUGGAGCAGGAAUCUGAGAAGAAAGGGAAGAAUCCACAAGAGCAGAAAUCUUUCUUUGCUAAAUAUUGGUAUUUGAUUCUGGGAGGUGCCAUCUUCCUCAUGGCCACCAAUUCAGCACAGCCCCCAGCAGGGGGAGGAAGAGAGCAGAGCUGAUUCCCACUGAAUGGAUGUACAUCGUGCCUCUCGUUCUCUUCCUCAUGAUGUCGGGCGCUCAGGACCAAUCAGGCGGCGGCGGCGGAGCGGCCAAUGGAGGUGGCCGAUGAUCAACACGACAACAGCUUCUUUUUUUUUCUUGACAUUCACUAAAGAAUAAUUCUCUUGAGCAGUUUUUAAUUGCUGUACAUAAUGCUAUUUAAUGAGGGUAAAUGUCACACACACAACUUAGACCUGUACAGUAAAGAUGAGAUGUUCUGCAUUUUAAUACUAAUGUGAAAAUAAAGUAUUUAUUACUUGA